AUGGCACGGGUUGGAAAAGACGUUGCCCGGGGAAUCCUUGGCGUCCUCGGUUCGGCGAUACCUUUGAUACUGCUGUCCAUCGUGGCCGUACCCGUUGUCGCUCAGCUGGACGGUAGCUUCUGGUGGAUGAACUCCGACCUGCUCAAGCAGGCAGAAACACUGCGCGAGACGAAAGACGUUAAAGCGAUCGUGAUUACGAAGGACUCGGAGCUGGACGCGGUGCGCGUUGGUGGAAACUCACUGGUGGAUAACGAUUCGCCGGAUUGCAUUUGCGUACCAUUGAAUCGCUGCAACAAUCAACCAACGAAAAGAGAUGGUUUGUGUGGUGCGGAAAGUGUGUGCUGUCGUCGGUCGCAGCUAAUUGUCCUGGAAACAGUAAAUUCAUCGACAUCCACAACACCAACUCCAUCCAUUGUCAGCUCCAGCAAUUCCACGACAAAGCUGGAACCGGUCGAUACUUUAAUUUUUGAUUCCGAUCCGGUUCCUGUUCCUGUACUGCCAGCUGCUAUAUCAUUUCAGCCAAUUUUGUUGAACGAAUCGGAGCACGAUCCUAACCUUUUGCUAGAGUUGUCCAAUCUUUUACUAAGCCACAGCCUGGGGGAUACAUUCGAACCGAUCGUUUCCAAUGCAUUACCAGUGGACAAACCGACCACGGAAGGUUCGCAACCGACUGUGAGUUCUACUACUACGAAAACGAGCCCAACCGGGAGCAGUAGCACGGCGAGUCAAUGUGGCAGAAGGCAGCAUUCUGUAAGCAGUCGAAUAUUCUUCCAAGAUGAAGAUGGUGACCGUGUAAGUGAGGUUUCUUCGGGAACGGUAGGAUUUAGUGAAUUUCCCUGGACGGUGGCGGUGUAUCAGCUGAUACGGAAUGGAUCGUUUGUUUACCAUUGUGGAGGAGCAAUCCUGAAUCGAAGCGUUGUUGUAACAGCAGCACACUGUGUAUCGAACAAUCGUAUGCAUCCGAACCGCUUCAUCGUGUAUGCCGGUGAUUGGGACCGAAGACAUACGCAGGAACGUCUACCACACCAGGAACGGACCGUCAAUCGAAUUGUGAUUCAUCCCAACUACUACUCCGGCGCACUGUUCAACGAUAUAGCGCUCCUCUUCUUUAGUGAACCAUUUAACGACACACUGCCGAACGUUGAGCCGGUGUGCCUCGGUAGCCCCCCGGAGGAAAUCACCACGUACCAAAAUUGCUUCGUAACCGGUUGGGGUGGUUCUCCGAAAAGUAAUCGGCCGCAAAGUAUACAGCAAUUUAGCAAACUUUCGAUCGUGAAUCGACAGCUAUGCGAAACACGACUGCAGAAUCAUGCCACGCUGGGACGUAAGUUUACGCUUCAUCCGAGCUUUAUCUGUGCCGGUGGAAAUGGGACGGACGUGUGUCAAGGAUCGGGCGGUAGUCCGUUUACCUGCGAACGGAACGGUCGGUACUAUCUGCUGGGACUCGUUUCGUGGGGCAUUGGGUGUGGAGAUGGUAUUCCCGCCGUAUUGACCAAUGUAGCCGGUUUGAGCGAUUGGAUCGCGUUUCAGAAAGUUUUUAGCUGA